AUGGUGAAAGCAUUGAAUGCAUUAUAUGAGAAAUGGGGGAUAUCUACAAAUCAAAGUCAAUGGAAUAUAAGUGGAUAGCCAUGCAGUGGAGCCGCCAUUAACUCCUCGAUAGCCAUUGGUACCGAUGGUUACAACCCUUUUAUUAAAUGUAAUUGUUCUUACAGGAAAAAAAACUCUUUGCCACAUUGUCGAGAUGUAAGUACUACAUUUUACGCACUGCAAGUUGAUGAUGUGAUCCCAGAUGAACUAUGGAGUUUGAAUUUCCUGACCAAUCUGAAGGUGGGAAUAAAUCUCUUGUCAGGGCCACUGUCUCCAUCUGUCAGCAAUCUAACUGCAGUUAAAUACCUGAACUUUGGCAUUAAUACAUUAUCUGGGCCGCUUCCAAAACAGCUUGGCAUGCUUCCUAAGUUAAUAGUAUUAGGUAUUGGAACGAACAAUUUCUCUGGUUCUGUGCCACCUGAGCUUGGUAAUUUGUCAAAUUUAGAGCAACUAUAUAUGGAUAGUUCUGGAGUGAGUGGUGAGAUUCCUUCAAGCUUUGCUAAUCUAAGGAACCUGGAGUCACUGUGGGCUUUUGACGUUGAACUUAAAGGAAGGAUCCCUGACUUUAUAGGAAAUUGGUCAAAACUUCAAGUCUUGAGGUUUCAAGGAAACUCUUUUGAUGGGCCAAUACCAUCAUCCUUUUCCAAGCUGAGAAAUUUGACAGAGUUGAGAAUAAGCGAUUUAUCCAAUGGGAGUUCAUCAUCGUUGGCAUUUCUAACGAAUAUGAAAAAAUUAACUUACUUAGAACUAAGGAAUAACAAAAUUUCCUAUUCAAUUCCAUCUGAUGUUAACCACUAUUGGAUUCCUCAAUAUCUGGAUCUGAGUUUCAACAAUAUAAGUGGACAAAUUCCCGGUUGGCUUUUCGGGUCAACUGUGUUGACUCACCUGUUUCUAGGAAAUAAUAGGUUAACUGGACCCCUGCCUGCCUAUAAAGAUGAGAAUCUUGUCAACAUAGAUGUUUCAUACAAUUAUUUAUCGGGCAGCCUUCCUUCUUGGAUAAACAGACAAAAUUUACAACUAAAUUUAGUCGCCAAUAACUUCACUCUUGAAAGUAGCAGCAGUGUUUUGCCACAUGGUCUAAACUGUCUCCAGCACAAUUUUCCUUGCAAUCGAGGUUCUCCAGUCUAUUCUAGCUCUGCGGUUAAUUGUGGUGGUCCCCAAAUUACAUCUUCUAAUAAUAUUGUGUAUGAGAUGGAUAAUGAGACUCUUAGUCCAGCUACAUACUAUGUGACUGACACAAACAGAUGGGGAAUUAGUAAUGUCGGAUAUUUUACUGGGACCAAUAAUCCGUGGUCUACAAUUUCUUCUCAGUCUCAAUUCACAAAUACUCUUGACUCAAAACUUUUCCAGUCAGCACGGGUUUCCGCUUCAUCUCUAAGAUACUAUGGUUUAGGCCUUGAAAAUGGAAACUAUACUGUGACUCUCCAGUUUGCAGAAAUAGCUGAUUUGGGUACUACCGGGAGGAGAAGUCUUGGGAGGCGUGCUUUCGAUAUUUAUGUUCAGGGAGUUAACGUUGAAAAGGACUUUGACAUAACAAGGGUAGCAGACGGAGUCCCUAGAAGAGCAAUUCAGAGAAAAUAUACGGCUCGGGUAUCUGAGAACUACAUGGAAAUCCACUUUUUUUGGGCUGGGAAAGGGACUUGCUGUAUUCCCAACGAUGGUUCAUAUGGACCUUCAAUUUCUGCUAUCAGUGCUGCUCCAGAUUUCGAACCUACGGUAAGACCUCUAAGUGGACGAAGUCCUAUCACUAAGAAGAAUAGAACAGGCUUUAUUGUUGGUGUUGGUGUUGUGGUUGUAUUUUUGUUACUUGUUUCAAUUCUUUCAAUUUUCUUUAUUGUCCGAAGAAGAAGAAGAAGAAGAAGAAGGCCACAGAUUGAUGAUAAAGAGCUUCUAGGGAUAGAUGUUAGACCAUACACUUUCAGUUAUGCUGAACUAAGGACUGCUACAGAAGGCUUCAUUCCUGCAAAUAAGCUUGGAGAGGGAGGAUUUGGACCAGUUUAUAAGGGAACACUCUGUGAUGGAAGGGUCAUUGCUGUGAAGCAAUUGUCUGUAGCAUCCAACCAGGGGAAGAGCCAAUUUGCUGCAGAAAUUGCUACUAUAUCUGCUGUGCAGCACCGUAACCUUAUAAAACUUCAUGGAUGUUGUUAUGAGGGAACACAACGAAUCCUUGUUUAUGAAUAUCUUGAAAACAACAGUCUUGAUCAAGCACUAUUUGGAAAAGGAAGUUUGAAUCUUAAUUGGUCGAUGCGUUAUGAUAUUUGUUUGGGAGUAGCAAGAAGUCUAGCUUAUCUUCAUGAAGAGUCGAGGCUUCGAAUCAUACACAAAGAUGUGAAGGCCAGUAAAAUUUUGUUUGAUGGUAAUCUCAUCCCGAAAACAUCAGAUUUUGGUUUGGUCAAACUUUAUGAUGAUAAGAAGACCCACAUAACCACCCGUGUUGUAGGGACAAUUGGAUAUCUUGCACCAGAAUAUACCAUGCAUGGACAUCUAACAGAGAAGACUGAUGUGUUUGCCUUUGGAGUUGUGGCUCUUGAGGUUGUUAGUGGGAGGCCAAACUCAGAUUCAAGCUUGGAAGAAGAGAAGAUGUAUCUUCUUGAUUGGGCUUGGCACCUAUACGAGAACAAUCGCCAACUCGAACUAGUGGACUCCAAAUUAUCAAUAUUUAAUGAGGAAGAAGUAAUACGCCUAAUAGGGGUAGCUCUUCUGUGUACUCAAACAUUGCCUUCAUUGAGGCCAUCGACGUCCCGUGUGAUUGCAAUGCUUUGUGGAGAUAUUGAAGUGAGUACAGUGAAUUCCAAACCAGGAUACUUGACUGAAUGGACAUUUGAUGAUGUGGCCACCUAUGUUACUGAUGAUACAGCUGAGGAAUUUGAUGAUACAGAAACUUCAAUGUCAGGAUACUUGACUACCUGGAAAUUUGAUGAUGUAACCACAUUUGUUUAUGCAACUAAAGCAAGCGAUUCUCCCAGCCAUUACACUUCUUCUUCAAGUAAAGGAGCUAAAGCUUCACAUUACACCCCUUGUGGAACACUCUGUGAUGGAAGAGUCAUUGCUAAGAAGCAAUUGUCUAUAGCAUCCCACCACGGGAAGAGCCAGUUUAUUGAAGAAAUUGCUAUUGUAUCUACUAUGCAGCAUCGUAACCUAGUAAAGCUUCAUGGAUGUUGUUACGAGGGAGCAAAACGAAUUCUUGUUUAUGAAUAUCUGGAAAAUAAAAGUCUUGAUCAAGCAUUAUUUGAAUAUGCUAUGCGUGGACAUCUUACAGAGAAGAUUGAUGUGUUUGCCUUUGAAGUUGUGGCUCUAGAGGUUGUUAGUGGGAGGCCAAACUUAGAUUUAACUUUGGAAGAAGAGAAGAUUUGGAUUUUCUUGAACCUUCUUGUACAUCAUGUAACUCAAACUCAAGCUCAAGUUAAUACUGCUCCUAACGAAGCACUGAAUUCAUUAUUUGAAAAAUGGGGGAUAUCUGCAAAUCAAAAUCACUGGAAUAUAAGUGGAGAGCCAUGCAGUGGAGCUGCCAUUGACUUCUCCGUCGCCAUUCGUGCCGAUGCUUACAACCGUUUUAUCAAAUGUGAUUGUUCUUACAAUAACAACACUCUCUGCUAUAUCAUCGAGAUGCAAGUUUACGAACUGAAAGUUGAAGGUGUGAUCCCAGAUGAGAUAUGGAGUUUAAAUUUCCUCACCAAUCUGAACGUGGAACGAAAUCUUUUGUCAGGUCCCUUGUCUCCAUCUGUCAGCAGUCUGAUACAACACGCGAAGUGCUGGUGUAUAACAAGAGGCGUGGGAAGAAGCACCAGGGGAUCAAUAGCGUUAAAGGAAGCAGCUAAAGUAGCCAGUGUGUGGGUUAUGGUAGCUACCAGAAUGGACUUUAGACUUGAAAAUGUGGAACGGGAGGUGAUGAAAUUGGGCGUGGAUAUGGGGACGAUUCGCGAAUGCAUGGUAGAGAUACAGAGUUGGAUGAGGAGAAAGGAUGAAGAAGAAGCUGGACGUGGGGAACAAAAUUCAUCCAGAAACGUGAGAAAUCAAGAGGGGGAAAAUCAAAACAGAGCAAGUGGAUCAGGGAGUUUGGAACAAAAUCAGAGUGAGUUGAGGGGAAGGAAACUGGAAUUACCCAUUUUUGUAGGUGAGGAUCCUUACGAGUGGAUCUUUAGAAUUGAAAGGUAUUUUACUCUGAAUGGAAUCCCUGAUGAAGAGAUUCGCGGAUCUCAAGAGAGUAAUCCUUAUGAAACUCUUAUGGCCAUGAAGCAAAACAGUACAGUCACUGAUUACAGAAGAAGAUUCGAAGCGGUAGCUGCUUUGCUGGUGGAAGAGAAAGAUGAGAUCCUGAACGCCGUGUUUUUAAAUGGGUUAAAGGCAGAAAUUCGAGCUGAGCUGAGGCUGAUCCAGCCCACUUCCCUUCUCCAAACAAUAGAGAAAGCCCACAGAGUAGAGGAGCGUAACCGAGCUUUAGAGGAACUUAAGACAGGACCAGCAAGAACCCAUAGGUGGAAUGGACCUAGAUUAAAUGUCGGGUCAAGCAAUAUUGGAUCCAGGAGUUUCAACCCAACCUCAACCCGAUCGGGAGAUUCACUGAAAGCCCCAAUUUCGACGGAAUCCCUAAAAUCAAACUCUUUCUCAAAUUCAUUCUCCAAUUCCGGGCGACGAAACGCAGAUGGUGCUGCCGUGGGUUCAUCGGUAAAUUCUUCUCCUCGCGAAUACACCUCUACAACAUUCAGACCCUUCAAUAGAACCUAUCCACCACGGCGUGAAUUUCCUUUUCAAAAAAUGACUGAGACCGAAAUACAGCGGAAAAGAGAGAAAGGGUUGUGCUUCAAGUGUGAUGGGAAGUAUUUCUUUGGCCAUAAGUGUGGGGAGAAGCAGUUUCAAGUAAUCCUUGUUGAUGAAGAAGAAGAAGAAGAAUUGGAUCCGGGAGACGUGGAAAUCAGUGAAAGAGCGAUGGCAGAACAAAGCCAAGGUAAUGUUGAACUUUCCCUUAGCUCGGUUGUUGGAAUCAAUGGCCCAAAAACGAUGAAGUUAAAGGGAAGUAUUAUGGGUAAGGAAGUUAUUAUCUUGAUUGACAGUGGUGCUUCCCACAAUUUCAUUAGCCGAGAGUUUGUAGAUAAGCUGGGUAUUGCUGUAGAACGAACACAGGCGUUUGGGGUGAGAGUUGGAGAUGGAUAUAAAGUACGGUGUGAGGGAGAGUGUAAGGCAGUAUGUUUGGAAGUCCAGAGAGUACAAAUAAUUCAAGAUUUUUUUCCUUUUGACAUGAGUAGUGCAGAUGUGGUGCUAGGCAUGGCUUGGUUGGAAACAUUAGGAGAGACUACGAUGAAUUGGAGGAAGCAGGUGAUGAAAUUUAAAUUGGGUGAGGAAACGGUGACAAUUAUGGGGGAUCCUGCACUUAGCAAACCAAUGGUUUCCUUGAAAGCCAUGCUCCGAACGUUGAGGAGUGAAGGAACUGGAUACAUGGUUGAAUUUGGACAGUUGCACAAACAGUCAGAUGAAGAGGCCAAUGUCAGUAGCAGGUUGCUUCCAGUGUUAGAACAAUUCAGAUCUAUCUUUGAGGCUCUGCCGGAAUUGCCCCCUAGUGGACCACAGGAUCAUGCAAUUCGAUUAAUACCAGAUGCCCAACCCCCAAACCUUAGGCCUUAUAGAUACCCGUAUUACCAGAAAAACGAAAUUGAGAAGAUCAUUGGGGAGAUAUUUCCCAUUCCCGCCAUUGAUGAAUUGUUCGAUGAACUUGGGGGAGCUGAGCAAGUCAAUGGAAGACCACAUGCAGCACCUCAGUCUGACAUUUCAGAAACUGCUGGAGCACCAUUUAGUGGCCAACCAAAAAAAAUGUUCCUUUGGUAUCGACCCGGGCCAGAGAACAAAGCCGUUGAUGCUUUAUCCAGGAGGCCUGAGAAUGUGGAGAUUAACGCCAUUUCAGUGGGCUUUUUCGGUGGGUUAGAUGAACUGGAAGAGGCCAUCCAAAAAGAUGACAAGUUGCGGCAGCUCACACAAAAGCUCCUGGUCGACCCUCAUUGCCAUCCUCCUUUCAAGCUAAUGGGUAGACACCUCAUGUAUCACAACAGGCUCACUAAAUAUAGCCACUUCCUCACACUCAAACACCCUUUAACAGCAAAGGACGUGGCAGCAGCAUUCAUUAAAGAUGUAGUUAAGCUCCAUGGGUUUCCAAGAACGAUUGUGUCGGAUCGCGAUCAUGUGUUCAUGAGCCAUUUUUGGGGAGAAUUGUUCAAACAGGCUGGAACUAAACUUCAUAUGAGCUCGGAUUAUCAUCCGCAGACGGAUGGGCAAACGGAGGUUAUUAAUAGGUGUUUGGAAACUUACCUCCGCUGUUUUGUGGGAAAUCAGCCUCGGCAGUGGCCUCACUGGAUUCCGUGGGCAGAAUUCUGGUUCAACACUACAUAUAGCAGCUCCACGGGUAUGAGCCCUUUCAAAGCUUUAUACGGAAGAGACCCUCCAGCGUUGUUGAAAUACACAGACCACAGUUCUCCGGUGGAUGAAGUUAAUCAACAAAUGCAGACCCGCAACAGCAUUUUACUUGAGCUUAAGGAGAAUUUGUACAAAGCUCAAAACCGCAUGAAAAAUUCUGCAAAUGAGAAGAGAAGGGAUGUCCAAUUUGAAGUUGGAGAAUCUGCCUACCUGAAGCUACAGCCCUACCGUCUGAAAUCUCUAGCUUUCCGCUGCAAUGAAAAGCUAAGUCCCAGGUUCUAUGGCCCUUUCCAAGUCCUUGAGAAAAUUGGUUCCACAGCUUACAGGUUAAAACUACCAGAAACUGCCCGUAUCCAUAAUGUGUUUCAUGUGUCUCCACUCAAGAAGGCCAAUUUUCCACCACAACAUAUUCAGCCUCUUCCGGAUUCACUAAAUGAGGACCUGGUCUUAGUGGUUGAACUGGAGGAAGUACUUAAGCUCCGCAGGUUACUCAAUGGACAAAGAGAGGUUCUUGUUAAGUGGAAGGGGUUACCCCACCAUGAGAAUACUUGGAAAGAAUAUGACACCCUGAAACUGCAAUUUCCUUCAUUCCACCUUGAGGACAAGGUGGCUCUCCUUCGGGAGGGACUGAGAAUUCUGGGAACAUUAGCGUUAAUACAUUAUCUGGGCAGCUUCCAAAAAAAACUUGGCAUGCUUCCUGAGUUAAUAGCACUAGGUAUUGGAACAAACAACUUCUCUGGUCGUGUGCCACCUGAGCUUGGUAAUUUGUCAAAUUUAGAGCAACUGUAUAUGUCAGCAUUGAGACUCUCUCGUCCUCUGCCACCUGAGCUUGGUAAUUUGAAGAAACUAAAGAAAUUAUAUAUGGACAGUUCUGGAGUGAGUGGUGAGAUUCCUUCAAGCUUUGCUAAUCUACAGAACCUGGUUCAACUGUGGGCUUCUAACAUUGAAUUUACAGGAAGGAUCCCUAACUUUAUAGGAAAUUGAUCAAAUCUUGAAACCUUGAGGUUUCAAGGAAACUCAUUUGAAGGCCCGAUACCAUCCUCCUUUUCCAAGUUGACAAAGCUGACUGAGUUGAGAAUAAGCGAUUUAUCCAAUGGGAGCUCAUCAUCAUUGGCAUUUCUAACAAAUAUGAAAAAACUAACUUACUUAGAACUAAGGAAUAACAAAAUUUCCGAUUCAAUUCCAUCUAACAUUGGCGAUUACCAGAGAUUGGUGCAUCUGGAUCUGAGUUUUAACAAUCUACGUGGACAGAUUCCUGGCUCACUUUUCAGUUUGACUUCAUUGACUCACCUGUUUCUUGGAAAUAACAAGUUAAAUGGUACCCUCCCUGCAGAAAAAAGUCAACAUCUACUCAAUAUAGAUGUAUCUUACAAUAAUCUAGUUGGCCGCCUUCCUUCUUGGAUCAGCCAUGAAAACUUACAACUUAACUUAGUUGCCAACAACUUCAACCUAGAAAGUUCUAACAGCAGUGCUUUGCCACAUGGGCUGAACUGUCUCCAACGCAAUUUUCCUUGCAAUCGAGGUUCUCCAAUCUAUUCUAGCUUCACCGUUAAAUGUGGUGGUAAAGAAAUUACAUCUUAUAAUGGUAUUUUGUAUGAGAGUGAUGAUGAGAAUCUUGGUCCAGCUACAUACUAUGUGAGUGCAGAUAGACAGAGAGUUAGUAAUAUUGGAUAUUUUACUGGGAGAGAAAAUCCAACGUAUAAAAGUUCUUAUACCUCUGAAGUCACAAAUACUCAGGACUCAGAACUUUUUCAAACAGCUCAAAUCUCUGCUUCAUCUCUAAGGUACUAUGGUUUAGGCCUUGAAAACUGAAACUACACUGUGACUCUCCAAUUUGCAGAAAUAUAUGAUUUUGAUACUACCGGAUGGAAAAGUUUGGCAAGGCAUGUUUUCGAUAUAUAUGUUCAGGUAUGUAUUACACGUUCAGAUUAUUUUAGCCGAAGCUCACCUAUAAGAGCAUUUUAGAGAGAAUAUAAGGCUCAGGUAUCUGAAAACUACCUGGAAAUCCACUUGUUUUGGGCUGGGAAAGGAACUUGCUGUAUUCCUGAUCAAGGUACAUAUGGACCUUCUAUUUGGGCCAUCAGUGCUACCCCAGAAUUCAAACCUACUGUAAGACCUCCAAUUCAGAAGAACAGAACAGGCCUAAUAGUGGGGAUUACAGUUGGUGUUGGGGUUGUAUUUCUGUUACUUCUUGCAGUUUUCUUCAUUGUCCGAAGAAGAAGGCAACAGACUGAUGAUGACAAGCUUCUAGGGAUAGAUGCUAGACCAUACUCUUUCAGUUAUGCUGAACUGAGGACUGCUACAGAAGGUUUCAAUCCUGCAAAUAAGCUUGGAGAGGGAGGAUUUGGACCAGUUUAUAAGGGAACACUCAGUGAUGGAAGGGUGAUUGCUGUGAAGCAAUUGUCUGUAGCAUCCCACCAAGGGAAGAGCCAGUUUGUUGCAGAAAUUGCUAUCGUAUCCGCUGUGCAGCACCGUAACCUAGUAAAACUUCAUGGAUGCUGUUAUGAGGGAACACAGCAAAUCCUUGUUUAUGAAUAUCUGGAAAACAAGAGUCUUGAUCAAGCAUUAUUUGUAAAUGGAAGUUUGGAUCUUGAUUGGUCGACACGCUAUGAUAUUUGUUUGGGAGUAGCAAGAGGUCUAGCUUACCUAAAUGAAGAGUCGAGACUUCGAAUCAUCCAUAGAGAUGUGAAGGUUAGUAAUAUUCUACUUGAUAGUAAUCUCAUCCCCAAAAUAUCAGAUUUUGGUUUGGCCAAACUUUAUGAUGAGAAGAAGACCCACAUAAGCACUCGUGUUGCAGGGACAAUUGGAUAUCUUGCACCGGAAUAUGCCAUGCGUGGACAUCUUACAGAGAAGUCUGAUGUGUUUGCCUUUGGAGUUGUGGCUCUGGAGGUUGUUAGUGGGAGGCCAAACUCAGAUUCAAGCUUGGAUGAAGGCAAGAUGUAUCUUCUUGAUUGGGCCUGGCACCUAUAUGAAAACAAUCGCCAUCUAGAACUGGUGGACUCAAAAUUAUCUAAAUUCAGCAAGGAAGAAGUAAAAUGCCUGAUAGAA